GAACCCAUCCCUUCCAUUGAUCCGCCUGCCUCUCUUUUGCCACGCCCCACGCGCUCACGCAUGGCCGAGACCCCCCGUGCCCCGCCGCCGGCGAGGCCGCCGCCUCCCGUCCCCCUGCCCGACACGCCGCCUUGCCCGGACUCGCCCCCUUCGACGCCGGGCGAGGAUUACCACACGCCGACGCCGUCGCUAGACGAGGCGCGCGAAGACACGCCGCCGUGGCUGCAGCAAGAAACCAACGGGAGAGCAGCCGCCAAGAGCCCGAGCCCGACGCUCUCGCCCGUGCGCCUCCCCUCUCAGCACCGCUUGCCGCCGCCCAACUCUCCCACCGGCAACGGCCAAGAAGCCGCCGCCGCCGGGCAGCCGCAGGCGCCGGGUCGCCGCCCGCAGCUCCGCCUCGCGCCCGGCCUCGUCCGGACGCCGUCGCAAGGGUCCGUCGCAAAGUCCCCCUCACCAUCGCCUUCGCCUUCGCCGCCGUCGCCGCUCACCCCGGCGGCUCCUCCCGUCCCCACAACCAACAGCAAGAGCGUCCAGAGCACGCCGAAGCGCACCGAGUCGUGGAAGCCGCCGGCCACGGGCAUCUCGGUGCAGUUCGACCCGGUCGAGGAGGCCGUCACGUCGCCGCUGCAGCUCGGCAAGGCCCGGCUCGACAGCCAUCGCGCCCGCACGCCGGCGGCCGCGGCGAACGGGGCCGCGUCAACAAACACCGUGCCGCGCGAGGUGGCGGCCGUGGCCGCGGUCGGGGAGAGGAGGACGCUGUCGGUGGCGCUGCGGCUUGCCACGGCGCUGCUCAGCCUCGCGUCCUUCGCGCUCAUCGCCAGCGCCAAGACGUCCGGUUGGGACGGCGACCACUUCGAUCGCUACGUGCAGUACAGGUAUGCGCUCGCGGUGAACGUGAUCGUCUGCGUCUACUCGAUCGCGCAAGCGCUCGGUGAGAUCCGCCGUCUGGUUGCGGCGAGGUUUGCUUACCGGAGCAUGUCAAGCUACUACUUCAGCCUGUUCCUUGACCAGGUCUUGGCGUACCUCCUGAUGUCGGCAUCGUCGGCUGCCGCGUCGCGCAACAAUCUCUGGGUGUCGAGCUUUGGCCAGGAUGCGUUCAACAAGAAGAUCACCAGCGCAAUGUGGCUGUCCUUCCUUGGGUUCAUCGCGCUUGCUGCAAGCUCUCUCAUCUCCACGGCUAAUCUUUUCAGCAUGGUCUAAGACCUGAUAGGGUUCAUCCCUUUUUGGUCAUAGAUCUGAUAGAGUAACAAAAUAGAUGCGUUCUUCAUGUAAAUUUUGCAGUUUAUGUUCCCCCAAAAUAUACGUUCUGUUCUGACCCCAGACUGACACGUCAUGGAAUCCCUUGUAAAGAGGUAAAGCAUCUCCUAAAGUCCUGAUAUAGUGCUCUACUCAAGUUUCUCGAAACUCA